AUGGUGUCUGCUGUGCCCAUGGUGUCUGCUGUGCCCAUGAUGUCUGCUGUGCCCAUGAUGUCUGCUGUGCCCGUGGUGUCUGCUGUGCCCGUGGUGUCUGCUGUGCCCAUGGUGUCUGCUGUGCCCAUGGUGUCUGCUGUGCCCGUGGUGUCUGCUGUGCCCGUGGUGUCUGCUGUGCCCGUGGUGUCUGCUGUGCCCGUGGUGUCUGCUGUGCCCAUGGUGUCUGCUGUGCCCACGGUGUCUGCUGUGCCCACGGUGUCUGCUGUGCCCAUGGUGUCUGCUGUGCCCAUGGUGUCUGCUGUGCCCACGGUGUCUGCUGUGCCCACGGUGUCUGCUGUGCCCAUGGUUUUCCCUCAGGCCACAAACCAGACUCUGUUGGACAAAUUCAAGCGGCAGCACGAGGGGAACAGCUACAUCGAGUUCCCGGCAGUGAUGGAGCCCGCCUUCAUCAUCCACCACUACGCAGGGAAGGUCAAGUACGGGGUCAAGGAUUUCCGGGAGAAGAACACGGACCACAUGCGACCUGACAUUGUGGCCUUGCUCAAGAGCAGUAAGAACGCCUUCAUCUGCGGCCUGAUGGGGAUCGACCCCCCGGCCACGUUCCGCUGGGCCGUGCUGCGUGCCUACUUCAGGGCCCUGGUGGCCUUCAGAGAGGCUGGGAGGAGACACACCCCCAAGAGGCCAGGGCAUGAUGACGCUGCUCCCUGUGCAGUUUUGAAAAGUGUGGAUAGUUUUAGCUUUCUGCAGCACCCUGUGCAUCAGAGAAGCUUAGAGAUCCUGCAGAGAUGCAAGGAGGAGAAGUACACUCCAGAUGAGAGCGAGGUUUUUGACGAAACAGAAAACGGUGUGAGCAGGAAGAGCCCCCGCACUCCCCUGUCCAACCUGCAGGGGAGCAACGUCAACGACAAGUCCCCGCGCGGCUCCCCGGCUCUGGGCUGGAACGGCCGCGUGAGCCGUCAGAGCCGUAUGUCCUCCAGCAGCUCCACGGCCGAAGACGAGAUCUUCGUGAACUCCACCAGCAGCAAACUCCUGGAGCGCGCCCACGACAUCCUCAUGCGGAAUAAGAACUACAAGCCCAAACCAGCACUUCCCAAGCACCUUCUGAACGUGAAGUCGCUGAAGUACUUGAGCAACCUGACGCUCCACGACCGCAUCACAAAGUCCCUGCUGCACCUGCACAAGAAGAAGAAGCCGCCCAGUAUCAGCGCCCAGUUCCAGGCCUCCCUCAACAAACUGAUGGAGACCCUGGGUCAGUCGGAGCCUUACUUCGUCAAGUGCAUUCGCUCCAACGCAGAGAAGCUGCCCCUCCGCUUUAACGACAGCCUUGUCCUGAGGCAGCUGCGCUACACUGGUAUGUUGGAGACCGUGCGGAUCCGUCAGUCUGGAUACCACAGCAAGUACAGCUACAAGGACUUUGUGCAGCAUUUCCGUGUACUGCUGCCUGAAGGAACCAGCGCCUCCAAGGAAUGCAUCCAGCAGUGCCUGCAGAAGCUCAGCCUGUCCUCCGACGGCUACCAAGUGGGAAAGACCAUGGUGUUCCUCCGGGAGGCUGAGAGGCAGCAGCUCCAGGCCCUGCUCCACAACCAGGAUGAGAGAGGCGGCCGUCUGCAUCCAGAACUGGUGGCGACUGUACCGUCCCACAGAGGAGGAGGAAGAGGAGGAGGAGAGGAGGAGGAGGAGGAGGAGGAGGAGGAGGAGAGGUGCUUGAGGUACGAGCGGGCCGCGGUGUGUGUGCAGGCCCACUGGAGAGGCUACACGGCCCGGCAGAGGCUGAGCCAGUGGAGGCGGUCCGUCCUGGUGCUGCAGCGGGCCUGGAGGCUGUGGCUGCAGAGGCGAUGUGAGGCCGCCCUGGUCCUGCAGACGGCCUGGAGAGCGCAUCAGGCCCGGCAGAGACACCUACAGCUCUGCAACACGGUCCUCCAGCUGCAGGCUCUGAGCAGGGGCUUCCUCACCAGGCACAGUCUGAAGAAGCAGAGCCGGCACGACAAUCCGUUCUGCGGGAAAGGACUGCAGUGGAUGAGCCAGCCAGCAGACCACGAGGGCCAAGCGAGAGAGAGCAGAUGA